AUGCCUGUGAUCUGCAACUUCCGGGGCUCGGUGACUCAGGGUUUGGCUCUGGAGGUGGGAGAGACGGUUCAGAUUCUGGAGAAAUGUGAAGGAUGGUACCGUGGAUUCUCAACCAGGAAACCAAAUGUCAAGGGAGUUUUUCCAGCGAGUUACAUCCACUUGAAGAAAGCCAUCGUCACCAACAGAGGGCCUCAUGAGACAGUGGUGCCCCUCGAAGACCCCAUCGUUACCGAGGUGACGUCAACGCUGCAGGAAUGGGCCUUACUGUGGAAGCAGCUCUAUGUGAAACACAAAGUGGAUCUGUUCUACAAGGUCCGCCACGUGAUGAUGGAGCUGAUCGACCUGAGGAGGCAGCUGCUGUCGGGUCACCUGACACAGGACCAGAGUCGAGACGUCAAGAGACACAUCACCGUCAGACUGGACUGGGGCAAUGAACACCUGGGUCUGGACUUGGUGCCGAGGAAAGAGUUUGAGAUGGUGGAUGAGGACCAGAUCAGCGUGUCAGACCUUUAUAAAAUGCACCUGUCGAGCAGGCACAGCGUACAGCAGAGCACAACACAGGGUGACAGCAGCCGGCAGAGACACGGGGAGCCGUGCAGAGUUCCUGUUCCACACCACCUGCUGGUCAACCUGAAGAGCUUCACCUACAACAGCAUCGGAGAGGACACGGACAUCUUCUUCUCACUGUACGACCUGAGGGAGGGGAAGACCAUCAGUGAGAAGUUCAUGGUGAGACUGAACAAGAAUGGUGGACCGAAGAACCCUGAGAAGGUGGACAGGCUGUGUGCUCUCUUCACGGACCUGAGCAACAAAGACAUGAAGAGAGAUCUCUACAUCGUCUCCCAGGUUAUCAGAACAGGUCGCAUGCUGCUGAAUGACAGUAAGAAGGGUCCUCCACAUGUCCAGUACCGCAGACCGUACGGCUGUGCUGUCCUCGCCAUGAGCGAUGUGCUACAGACCAUCUCAGAGCUCAAAGAGGAGAAAGACUUUGUCCUCAAAGUCUACACGUGUAACAACGAGAACGAAUGGUACCAGAUCCAUGAGAACAUCAUCCGCAAGUCCAGCACCAAAUACACUGCUCCGAGCACCAACUACGGUCUGAUCAUCUCUCUGCAGCUGCUGAGGGGCGACAUGGAGCAGGUCCGCAGAGAGAACCCUCUUAUUUUCAGCAGAGGCGUGGCCAUCACACGUAAACUGGGCUUCCCUGAUGUCAUCAUGCCAGGUGACAUCCGUAACGACCUUUACCUGACGCUGGAGCGAGGAGACUUCGAGAGAGGAGGAAAGAGUGUUCAGAAGAACAUUGAAGUCACUGUUUACGUGCUGUACGCCGACGGAGAGAUCCUCAAGGACUGCAUCAGCCUGGGUUCAGGUGAGCCCAGUGUGCCGGAGCACCGCUCCUUCGUUCUCUAUCACAACAACAGUCCUCGAUGGAGUGAAGUGAUCAAACUACCGAUCCCCAUCGACCGCUUUAGAGGAUCACACCUUCGCUUCGAGUUCAGACACUGCUCCACGAAGGACAAAGGAGAGAAGAAGCUGUUUGGUUUUGCCUUUACUCCUCUGAUGAGGGAAGAUGGGACCACUCUGUCGGACGAGAGUCAUGAACUCUAUGUUUACAAGUGUGAUGAGAACACAACAUUUAGUAACCAUGCUCUUUACCUGGGACUGCCCUGCUGUAAGGAGGACUUCAACAGCUGUCCCAGCAUCCCGUCCAGCCUCAUCUUCCAGCGCAGCACCAAGGAGACGUUUUGGAUCUCCACACAGCUCUCCUCUACUAAACUCACCCAGAAUGUGGAUCUUCUCGCCCUCCUGAAGUGGAAAGCUCAUCCAGACAGAGUCAUGGACAUCCUUGGACGUCUGAGACACGUAAGUGGAGAGGAGAUCGUCAAGUUUCUUCAGGACAUCCUGGACACUUUAUUUUCUAUUUUGGAUGACAACACAGACAAGUAUGGACCGCUGGUGUUCCAGUCGUUGGUGUUCAUCAUCAACCUGCUCAGGGACAGUAAAUAUUACCACUUCAGACCAGUGAUGGACACCUACAUACAGAAGCACUUUGCAGGCGCAUUGGCUUACAAAGAGCUGAUCCGCUGUCUGAAGUGGUACAUGGACCGCUCUGCAGAGGUGGUCAGGCAGGACCACAUACAGGAGGCAAUGAGGGCUCUGGAGUAUCUCUUUAAGUUCAUCAUCCAGUCUCGCAUCCUUUACUCUCGGGCCACGUGUGGUAUGGAGGAGGAGCAGUUUCGAACCAGCAUCCAGGAACUGUUCCAGUCCAUCCGCUUCGUCCUGAGCCUGGACAGCCGUAACUCAGAGACCCUCAUCUUCACACAGGCCGCUCUGUUGAACUCAUUCCCAGCGAUCUUCGACGAGCUGCUGCAGAUGUUUACGGUACAGGAGGUGGCCGAGUUUGUGCGUGGGACUCUGGGCAGCAUGCCAUCCACUGUGCACAUCGGACAGUCUAUGGAUGUGGUCAAACUGCAGUCCAUCGCCAGGACUGUGGACAGCCGCCUCUUCUCUUUCCCAGAGUCUCGGAGGAUCCUGCUCCCUGUGGUUCUUCAUCACAUCCACCUUCAUCUGAGGCAGCAGAAAGAGCUGCUCAUCUGCUCUGGGAUCCUCAGCUCUAUUUUCUCUAUUAUCAAGACCAGCUCACUGGACACGUCGGUGCAGGAGGAAGUGGAGAUGAUGGUGGAGUCCCUGCUGGACGUCCUCCUGCAGACCCUGCUGUCCAUCAUGAGCAAGAGCCAAUCGCAGGAGGCGGUAAGGGGUCAACGCUGUCCGCAGUGCACCGCGGAGAUCACUGGAGAGUACGUGUCCUGCCUCCUGUCCCUCCUCCGACAGAUGACAGACAUCCACUUCCAGCACUUGAUGGAAAACUUCCAGAGCAAAGAGGAGCUCAAGGAGUUCUUGUUGAAGAUUUUGUGUGUGUUCAGGAACCUGAUGAAGCUCAGUAUUUUCCCACGAGACUGGAACAUUAUGAGGCUGCUCACCAGCAACAUCAUCCUGACGACAGCUCAGUACCUCUCCCCAGCUCUGCACAAGAACUUCACAGAGGCAGAGUUUGACUUUAAGGUGUGGAACUCAUACUUUAGCUUGGCCGUGCUGUACAUCAACCAGCCCAGUUUACAGCUGGAGACUCUGAGUCCUGCAAAGAGGAAAAAGAUUUUAGACAAGUAUGGCGACAUGAGAGUGAUGAUGACCUACGAACUCUUCAGUAUGUGGCAGAACCUGGGUGAGAAUAAGAUCCAUUUCAUCCCGGGGAUGAUCGGCCCAUUCCUGGGAGUAACGCUGGUUCCUCAGGUGGAGGUACGAAACAUCAUGAUCCCCAUCUUCCAUGACAUGAUGGACUGGGAGCAACGCAAGAACGGGAACUUCAAACAGGUGGAGGCAGAGCUGAUUGACAAGUUGGACAGUUUGGUGUCUGAAGGGAAAGGUGAUGAGAACUACAGAGAGCUCUUCAGUCUGCUAACCCAGCUGUUUGGGCCCUACCCCAGCUUGUUGGAGAAGAUCGAGCAGGAAACAUGGAGAGAGACCGGGAUCUCUUUUGUCACCUCAGUUACACGGCUGAUGGAGCGACUGCUGGACUACAGGGACUGCAUGAAGGGAGAUGAGACAGAGAAUAAGAAGAUUGGCUGCACAGUUAACCUCCUGAAUUUCUACAAGUCAGAGAUCAACAAAGAAGAGAUGUACAUCCGUUACAUCCACAAACUAUGUGACAUGCACUUACAGGCCGAGAACUACACAGAGGCUGCGUUCACUCUGCUGCUGUACUGGGAGCUCCUACACUGGGACGAGCGACCCCUCAAAGAGUUUCUACAUUAUCCCGCUCAGACCGAGUGGCACCGUAAGGAGGGGCUCUGCCGUAAAGUCAUCCACUACUUCAACAAGGGGAAGUGUUGGGAGUUUGGUAUCCCGCUGUGCAGAGAGCUGGCCUUUCAGUAUGAAUCACUGUACGACUAUCAGAGUCUGAGCUGGAUCAGGAAAAUGGAGGCAGCUUAUUAUGACAACAUCAUGGAGCAGCAGCGUCUGGAGCCUGAGUUUUUCCGGGUCGGAUUCUACGGCAGAAAGUUCCCCUUCUUCCUUAGAAACAAAGAGUUUGUCUGUCGUGGCCAUGACUACGAGAGACUGGAGGCCUUCCAGCAAAGGAUGCUGGGAGAAUUUCCUCAGGCUAUAGCGAUGCAGCACCCCAAUCAGCCUGAUGAAGCCAUUCUGCAGUGUGAUGCACAGUACCUUCAGAUUUAUGCUGUCACACCAGUGCCAGAGAGCGUCACCGUCCUCCAGAUGGACCGAGUCCCUGAUCGCAUCAAGAGCUUCUACAGGGUCAACAACGUCCGCCGAUUCCGUUACGACCGACCGUUCCACAAAGGACCCAAAGACAGAGACAAUGAGUUCAAGAGUCUCUGGAUCGAGAGGACGACCCUGAUCCUCACUCAUCCUUUGCCUGGUAUUUCACGCUGGUUUGAGGUGGAGAAGAGAGAGCUGGUGGAAGUGAGUCCAUUAGAAAACGCCAUCUCUGUGGUGGAGAAUAAGAACCAGGAGCUGCGGACUCUGAUCAGCCAAUACCAGCACAAACAGCUGCAUGGAAACAUCAACCUGCUGAGCAUGACGCUCAAUGGGGUCAUCGACGCUGCCGUCAAUGGAGGCAUCGCCAGAUAUCAAGAGGCUUUCUUUGAUAAAGAAUACAUCACCACUCAUCCUGAAGACACAGACAAGAUCACACAGCUUAAAGACCUAAUGCAGGAGCAGGUCCACAUCCUGGGAGUCGGCCUCGCUGUGCACGAGAAGCUAGUGCACCCAGAAAUGCGUCCCCUACACAAGAAGCUGAUCGAUCAGUUUCAGAUGAUGAGGAGCAGCCUGUGCCAUUGCUUCUAUGUUUCUCUACAGGGUCUGCCUGGUCUGGACAAAGCAAACGCCCACAGAGGGAUCCUGGCUUCUCAUGGCCCCAUGAGCCCAGAGAGCUUCAAACUAAUGCACCGGCACAGUCCUAUUGCUGUUUUGACUCCAAUACGCAACUCCUCCUCCUCUUUCUCCUCUCACAACUCCAGUGAGACAGGGACUGUCGGCAGUCUGCUGAUCCUGGCUGACGGGAUGGUGGUGGACAACCCCGAGGACUUCUACCGCAUGCAGGCAAGCCCAUCCUCCUCCAGCCUUAGCUCCACCCACUCUGCACCCUCUCAGAUGAUAAACUCCGCCCCCUCAACCAUCAGAGUCGGCUCGCCGUCUCUGCCGGAUAAGUACCGACACAACAGAGAGAUGCUGAUGCUGCUGCCGCCUCACAGAGACCGACCAAGCAGUGCCAUGUACUCCAACCUCACCGAGAACGGACAGCCCACAAACCUACAGCGAGCAUUGUUCCAUCAGGUGAUCGGUCCGUGCAAACCCUGCAGUGACCCAAACCUGUCUGUGGCUGAGAAAGUCCUCACCACCCCCAGUAGUUGGAGUUUGGACAGUGGUACCAGAGACGCCCUCCCAUUCCUGUCCGCUCAUGUGGGCAGUGUCAUGGCACCUCCCGUCCCCCCACGAAACCUGCCUCAUGGCCAACACCUGUCGAUGCACUUUGAUGCUUUCCACCACCAGGUCAGCGACCUCCCUCCAGCUCUCCCCGCGCGCUCCUUAAGAAAGUCUCCCCUUCACCCUAUACCUGCCUCGCCCACCAGUCCUCAGUCCAUCCUGGAUGGCAGUAACUCCACCUUGUCAGGGAGCGCCAGCUCCGGAGUCUCCUCCCUCAGCGAGAGCAACUUUGGUGGCCCCGCCUCCUCCUCUGACCCCCCAGCCAGUCGCACAGACACCCUGGAGUCUGUCCCAAGCAGCCAGGCCUGGACCACCGACCAGGAGGACCUGGACUCUCCUUACCAGCCCGUCAGGUACAGUGUCUCUGAGCCUGAAGUCCUGGACGGGGUCAAAGUUCCACCCUGCCGCAGCCACUCUGCCCCAGGAGGAGUCACCCCGGCUCAGGCAGGAGGUCAAAUCCAACCCCAGGUUCCCAGCCCGGCCUCAAGCGGAGCUCCACAACCACCACAGCAGCAGGAUGGUCUGCAGCACCCUCAACACCACCACCAUUUCUACCACCACCACUUCCACCCACACUACCUCCCCCACCACCCGCCACUCUACCACCUCCAUGAGCCCCCACCGGUUCUGCCCCCCAAACCCUACCUCAGAGAGGGCUGCAUCCCUGAAGAAGACCCCCUCAGCACCCAGUCUGCUCCUCCUCCUCCUGCUCCCCGACCAAUGCCACGCAAGAUCUCCCAGCCCAUCAUUGCCGCCACCAAGGAGGAGCAGGCCAAGGUGGCGUGGGAGCAUGGCAUCAGCGAGGAGUGAAACAUCAGAGGGUGAUUUAAGAAACUCUUAGAAGUGAAAUAGACAGAUCAGAAACUUUGUCAGAGGAAAGAAAGAGAAGCAAGGAGAUUGGCUGAAGGAAAAACUGAAGGAUGAAAUGAGGAAGUUUCCUCUCAGGCGAUCAAUAACUGACCUGAUCAAUGAAGGUAAAAGUCGAGAGA